CUGACUACUGCCUGUCAACUUACCUCUGCGGCUCUAUGUGAUCGCCACUAGACUUUGACAAGUCAUGAGGGAUCUGUUUCCUCCAAGUCGGCACGCAUGGGUAUUAUAUCAGAGAACUUGACUUAUCGCCAUUUACUUAAAAGCUAUCGCAAUACAGAACCACACCAGUGUCACCCUCAAUGUUCAGCCUUCCUAAGAAUCGGAGUUUCUUGAAAUGAGCUGUCACAUAUGUUCCCGCCCUCCGACUUCAAACCUACGGCGCAUCUGUUCCACCUGUGCUCGCAAUCGGCUCUACCAGCUACGGAUCGAGUAUUCCCAACUGCUACUUGAGAAGGAGUCUAUAAAACAACAAAUCGAGGCUGCAGUGUUACUGAGCAAGCUAGGCGAAGACCCGACGGAAAAUGAGAGCAUCUCGGAUGUCUGCCUCGAUGGAGUGUUUCCGUCCUGGGUUUCACGGAGGAUCGUUGAAAAGGAAGCUGGGUCAUCCGCGAAAGUGACACUUCUUACAAACCACAUUGAGGGGCUAGUUGGUGAUAUCAGAGAAAAAAGACUUGAAAUCUCCCGCCGCAGGCUUUUCGAGCGAGAGACAGCAAUCCUGGCCAGUAUUCAGAACAGUAUUAAAAGGACUGAUCAUCUCUGGCACUCGCUUCACAGCAAGACCACAGAAGCACGGAUAUUUCUGUGCCGAGAAGCAGCCAACCUCUACGAUUUGCGACAGGGGGUGAAAAGGGUUGAAGGUGCAGUACAAGAGACCUAUACAAUCGGCGGCAUCUCACCAGCCCAUAUUUCAACGGCACUCUCAUAUAUCGCACAAUUACUUGUCCUCGUCUCCCACUAUCUAUCUCUAAGACUUCCAGCAGAAAUUACGCUCCCUCACCGGAAUUAUCCUUUGCCAACUAUAUUUGCGCCCUCUGCAUCGUACCUUCUAAGGGAUGUAGGCUCGAAGUUGCCUUCUGCACAGCAGCCAGCGCCUGAUCCAAUGGAACCUCAGCGACUUGACUCACACCGUCUGCCUCGGCCAAGGCCUUUGUCCAUCGACAAAAGUCUUCCCAGAUUAGCGAAGGAGGAUCCUGGCACAUACGCCCUCUUUCUCGAAGGAGCGACAUUGCUGGCUUGGAAUGUUGCCUGGCUUUGCCGCACCCAGGGGCUCAAUUCAAUGUCAGAGUCUUGGGAAGAAAUCUGCGACAUGGGAAAAAAUCUAUGGCAAUUGCUUGUGGCACCUCCCGCGCAGCCAUCAACGCUAAUGAGAGCGUUUGCUGGUCGAGAUAUUCACGUAAAGGUGAAGACAUCCAAAGUCUCACCUAAGACUAGUAUUCAACGAACCGUGUCAUUCCCUAUGCUGGGACACUAUUCGCACGGCACUGCGCAUUCAUUUCUGGGUGCUGCCGAAGGUGCAGAGUUUAUGCGCACUUGGAGGCUUCCAUCUCCGACCAGAGUCAUAGAUAAGCUGAAGUCGACAUUGAUGGGAGAAUUGGCGAGUGCAGAAUGGGAGUUACUCGAAAGGCGCGAGUUGGAUGACAUGGCUCAUGGCCGAAGCAGUUCCGUGUCUCAAUCUUCUUCUAUCAUUCCCGUUAGUACCUACAAAAUGGGAUCUGUCGACGCAGAUGCAGUCUCGGAAACAUGUGAUCUGGAGGUUUCAAGUGGUGCUGGCAACACUUCCCGCUUGAAAGGCAUGAGUGGCUGGACCAAGCUGAGAAGCAGAUAUCUGUUGAUUGCAAGUAUUCCUGAUACUCUUCUACGGGCCGAAAUAGCACGGCGAACCUCAAAUGACAGUUCUGCAACCUGUGGCUCAAAAGAACGAGGUGCUUAUAACACUCCAAUUCAUGUCCUAGCACUUUUUCUUAUACUUGUGUUAAGCACACUUGCUUGUUCAUUCCCUGUACUUGCCCGCCGAUUCCCCCGUUUACCAAUACCGCGUCGAUUUCUUUUUAUAUCUAGGCAUUUUGGAACAGGAGUUUUGAUUGCCACUGCCUUUGUCCAUUUGCUGCCCACGGCAUUCAUUUCCUUGACUGACCCCUGUCUUCCUCGCUUUUGGAGUGAAACAUACCGUGCCAUGGCUGGAUUUGUCGCCAUGAUAUCGGUCUUUGUUGUUGUGCUUGUGGAAAUGUUCUUCGCCCUAAAGGGGGCAGGUCAUGUUCACGGGAGUGAAUAUGACAAGCUAAUGAAUGAUGUCGGUAUAGACUUGGCAAGUAGGGGUCUGCAUGAUGACUUAGAGAACGAACACGAGCCCGGAGGUCAUGUUUAUCUUGGUAGGCUUGAGGCGUAUCAUAGCACAGACGCGGUACCACCAUCGUCAAUUUCUAAUAUCGGAAGCUCAACCAACGAGCCUACUCUGUCUAGCACUCUAGGGCUUACUGAGUUGAGUGAUGGUAUAGACUUUGCCCGGCCACACCAUCACGCUACUUCUCCUUUGGGUAGGAAGAGUGAUCAAAUGCAUCGGCGCUCAUCUUCUAGCGACCGACAAACUCGCGCUGAUCUGCACCAAAGGACGAACAUGGAAUCAUCUAGACAUAAUCCGCAGCGACAGCUACUGCAAUGUCUACUGCUGGAGGCGGGGAUUCUUUUUCAUAGCAUUUUUAUUGGGAUGGCCCUCAGUGUUGCCACAGGUACUUCAUUCAUUGUCCUCCUCGUCGCGAUCUGCUUUCAUCAGACGUUCGAGGGGUUUGCUCUGGGCUCAAGAAUUGCGUCGCUCAUUCCAGACCUCUUUGCCCCGUCUUCCAUGAAACCAUGGCUGAUGUCUCUCGCCUACGGAACUACCACCCCUAUCGGACAAGCCAUCGGCCUCAUACUGCAUAAUUUCUAUGACCCAGCAAGCACUACGGGGCUACUUAUGGUUGGGAUCACGAAUGCCAUCAGCAGUGGUCUUCUAUUGUUCGCAGGUCUUGUUGAACUUCUGGCAGAAGAUUUUUUAAGUGAAACCAGUUACGCAACACUUAGAGGAAGGAGACGCAUUGAGGCCUGUGUUGCAGUGCUGGCUGGAGCUUUAUUGAUGGCGGUCGUUGGCGCAUUCGCUUAAGUAGUUAGGUUUCAUCCUCAAGGACUCAUGUCACCUUACUCUCGAGUACGUGGUCACUUUUUCCACUGAAUAUUGAGACACAGGGUAGAGUCUGGUGUCCCAUCAAACUCAUCUAGCACCUAUUGGAUGAAACAGAGUCAAACAGGUCAAUACAUGCGGUUCUCGCGACACUCGUCGGUGCUAGCCAUAUUCUCUGAUCCUUUUCCACUGCACCAUAUUUCCUAGAUCUCUUUGAGCUAUGUGUUCCCAUAACUGUUUCGAGAGGUCCUUGCGUGGCCCAACAUAGGAUAGUGAUCCAGGCAAGGCCAUGG